UCCAUUUCUUGGCUGCGGCUCCUGCACCAGUCAGAGUAAAGAGAGAGAGAGAGAGAGAGUUUGGAUUUGUGGGUAAGUUUUCAAUGGAUUUGUGGGUUACUUAUAUUAGUUUGGGACUUACUCUACUAGUUUUUGUGGGUGAAAUUUACAAUGGAUUAUUUGUGGAAGCUAUUCGCUUUUUGCUUCAGAGAUACAAUUCUUGUUCUGUUUAGUAAUGUUUUCACUUUUGAACUUGUUUCAUCCAGAAUUUUAGAUAGAUAAUUAUGAUUUGGAACCAAAAUCUGAGAUUCCAUUACUCUCUAAUUCAAUACCUUGUUGUGCUUUGCGAGUUUAACUUAAUGCAAAUUGCAAAGUCGUGUUCAUUAGGAGCGGUAGUGUAGGAAAUGGUGUUGUGUUGAAAUGUGGCUCGUUUAUGUUCAACUAUUUGCUACAAAUCGUGUGUUGGGUUUUGUAUCAUGUAUGGUGAAAAUAUGAUUACCUCGAUAUAAUGCAAUUCGUAAGAGGGAAAAGUUUUCUACCUGAGCAGCUGAUGAAUUAUGUGUAUAUGAUACAAUGAACCUGAGAGCUAGUAUUAACCCUGGCAAUUUCAUGUGUGAAUUUGAUAACUCAGGACAACCUACGGUGUUGUGUUUAAACUCUUCGAAAGGUACCCAAGUUCUGUGGGGAAAUGGGUGUUGUGAGUAACGAGCUGAAUCAAAGUAUUUUUCAUUGCAUUCCCCGAAAAUAGUUUCAUGUAGUGUCGUUUACCUGUCUGCUUGAUAAUGCAAGCAGCUUUUUCUUCUGGACUAAUAUUUACUGUUUGGUUGUGAUUGAUUACUUUUUGUUGCUGGUUUGAAUCUAUAUUAUGUGUAGAAGUUUUUCUUUGUCAUUGCGAGAUUAAUAGUAGGGGUGAUAUAUUCAAUGACCAUCUGCAUCAGUGUUAAAACGAACACAAAGCAUAUAGACAUGAAGAUGUGAUUCAUUCAUGAAUUUUUCCCCUAACGACAAUUACAAUUUGCAUCAGUUGAGAAAAAAUCAAUGAAACCAUUUUCUCAUUCCAAUAUUAUGUCUUUUAAAUUGCAGAUUAUAGGAUUUGCUAACCGUACAUAGUGUUUCAUACUCUUUUUCCUGUAUACUGAAUUAGCUGCCAUGAUCUCAUUUCCAAUAUACUAUUUCCCAUUCCACUGUUCAUCGGCUAAAGAACAGUGUCAGCUCCAGCCGAGCCGUUACACACAUCCCCAAUUUCUCCUUCUCUUCAACAGUUAAUUUCGGCUCAACGCUUCACCGUUCGUCUCACAGAACCUGCCUCCUGGUUUGAGCAAUUCUGAAAAUAUCCUCACAGAUGUUAGCUGGCUUCGUCUUUGGCUUCUUUCUCUCUCUCCCUCCAGUGCGAUAUCAGUUGUACUAGGGAAGAAGCCUGCGAAUCUAAGAAAGGAAACUAAAUCGAUUUCGUGGUGAUUGAUUGUGUGGGUAAGAGUCCUGAAAUUUCCCAAUUGGAUGAAAUUUGAGAUUUGGCUAAUUUCUUGGUGAUUUAUCAAGUACUCUGAUUGUGUGGCAUUUGGUUUCAUACUAAGAAAACUUUCUGAUGCAGCCCAAGGUGUUCUUGAUGUACUCUUUUUCAAUAUAAUAUCCAAUUGUGGUUCAUUCUGCAACCAAUUUCAAUGUGGUGAACUGGCUUGGAUAAAUCAAGAUCAAUUGAGCAUGAUUUAAAUUCUCCUAUUAGAGUAGAUUGAGUUUACUCCGAUUAGUUUGAUUUGAGAAUGCUUCACUUCUGUUUUACGUUUGUUUUAUAUUUCUGGCUGGGUUCCGCUGUGGUCUGCACAACAGAGAGGGAGAGGCGAUUUCUGAGUUUUGUUUUCAUUGGGACAAGGCAGAGGGAUUGGUUAUCGCUUAUCGACGGUGCAUCCCCGUUGAUUAUGCCGGAUUCUUAAAAAAGAGUCUGGAAAUGGACUGACAUUGAUAUCACGAAGCAGCAAAGAAUUGAAAUUUAAGAACUAAACUUAUAUCCUAAUAAUCUUAGCUUGAAUGUGUCUAACUGAUACCCAACUAAGAGAUGAGAAUAAACCUUUGCAACUAGAAAAUCGAAUAAGCUUCCUUAGUCACCAAUUAAUUUCCACCCUAGGGCAACAAUUUCCCGUACUUUCAGAGUUAUCCAUGACGGAAGAUGUCAAGGCUGUUGUUGGAUAACAAUACUGUUGAUGUCUAGAGAAAGUGAUGUUUCAUGCUGUGUGAUGUUUUUUUUUUAUUAAUAUUUUCAUUUCAGUAUGGUUUUAUAUGUGGGACUUAGUCAUUUGUGGCUGUUUGCUGUGUUGUUCUUGACUUCUCUAUCAUUUAUGUUGAAUUGAGAUUUAUUCUAAAACCUAAUGCAGUAGUUUGAUACAUUAAGUAAGCAUUACUUUGAAAUGAUAGAGAGAUUUUGAUCAACUCUUAUCUGUGUUUGCUGUUUCGGUUUUCGCUAAUUUGUUUUUUGGUUGUGUAAUUGUUUUCUAAAAUUGUUUUAUGAUGUAAGUGGGUUCUAGAACGGGAACUGUGGUUUUCAUUUGGUCGUUAAGGGGUAAGAGCUAUAUAUUUUUUCAUUGUAUCAUCACUGGUUAAUUUUUUUUAUAGAGCUUGGAUCAGUACUGUUAAAUUGUGGGAGUGAAAGUUGGUAGGUUGGGGUUUCAUUUGUUUUCAUUAUUUGUAAUUAAGUAGACUUAUAUUUUGUUCAUCAUUGUUUUUUGAUUAACUACAAAAGCAGAAAGACAAAGAAGCUAUAGACAAAGAAGGGGUUCUGUUGAUGAACUGGGAAAUUCAGUCAAUGGUCUGGAUUGCCUCAUUUCAGGGUUCCCCCUAAUGCACAUUCGCUGUACUUUGAAGCAACAAUUUUCUCUGACCGUACAAAUUUUCUGAUAUUUUUAGAUGGAAGUAGUAUAUAGUUGUUGGAGGAUGAUAAAUUAUAUAAACGUUAGUCUGAGUUUAUCAUGUUGUACCGUUUGUUCUUGAAACAUCACCAAGGGUCUUGACUUCGGCUUCGGUUAAAGGCCAAGGUUCAACAUUACUCAAACUCGAAGUCUCUUAAAUUCCCUGAAGAACAUGGAAGGAAUUGAAGAAUGGAAGAAUCAGGCAGAGCGCUGGUUAUCUCAAGCAUUGCAACAAUGGAAGAACCAGGCAGAGCCAUUGUGGUUUCAAGCACAAGAGUACAUUCAGCAGGUUCCACAUACUCAGAUCUAUGCUGCUCUUGCGAUCUUGCUAUUAACGUCAGUGUAUUUCUUAUUGGGAAGCUUGUUCAAAAGCCUAAACUCUUAUACCAUUUUGCUGAGUGGGCUUAGCGGGAGUGGGAAGACUGUUCUUUUCUCUCAACUUUGGGAUGGCUCUGCUCACCAAGGUACUGUCACAUCAAUGGAACCAAAUGAGGGAUCUUUUGUGCUCCAUUCCGAUAAAUCAAAGAAUGGAAAAUUAAAGCCUGUACAUCUUGUUGAUGUUCCUGGACAUUCUCGCCUGAGACCCAAAUUAGAUGAGUUCCUGCCUCAAGCAGCUGGUGUAAUUUUUGCGGUGGAUGCUUUGGAAUUCUUACCAAACUUGCGUGCUGCUUCUGAGUACCUGUAUGAUAUUUUGACCAAGGCUAGUGUAGUGAAGAAUAAAAUUCCGGUUCUUGUUCUCUGCAACAAGACAGACAAAGUAACAGCACAUAGCAAGGAGUUCAUUUGAAAACAAUUGGAGAAGGAAAUAGAAAAGAUUCGGAGUUUGAGUGUUAUUCUUGAUGCUAUGAGUUUGAAGAUCUCUAAGACAAAAUGUAGAAGACAUUAG